AACAGCUGAUCAAAUCGCCUCGAGUCAUUUCCGUUUGUCAGCGGUGCCAAUAACAACAAGCACUGUCAAUGUUGGAAUUUAUUGAUGAUAAGCGAUCGGUCCGAUAUUGCGUAAGGAAUGCUGACAGAUUCGCACUUGUGAGCCAUGAUCGCACAUGGCCCUCGCUGCUGCUGCUGUUGGGCAUUUGAUCGCAGUAUAUGCAGUAACUUGUUUUCGCGCGAUAAGAUUCAGCCGAACCUUCAGUGGUCCCAUUUGAACUUAGAGGUCAACAGAAUCUAAAAACUGGCAAAAAUGCAACCGGUCGCAUUAGAAGACCUGGAACUUGGGCAGAAGCUCUUGGCAGGUAUAUAAGUUGAUGGUAGUCUUCCAAAUGCAGUACACAGCUUUUGUAGCUCCAUUUGCAAACAUCUCUCAUCUGUACGCAGGAUACGAUACGAUAGUUCAGCCAUAAUGCGACUGACGGUUGUUUUAAUUGUGAUGCUGGCGGGCGCUACGAUGACUACCGGCAAGCCGCUGAUUUUGACGAAGAAGUUCCUUCGAUAUGUCCUGCCAACUUUAACUGCAAAGGUGGCCGGCCUAUCCGGGCUGAGUGGUCUAACCGGUCUCACUGGCCUCUCAGGAAAGACCGGCGCUAAGAAGAAUGGCAUCGGCUCGGUAGUCCUUCCGAACCGGGUGUACUCGUUCCUGUUCCCAAGGGAUUCUCUCAACCCACCGGCUUCGGUUGUCUACCACUCGCUGGACGAAUCCUGCCUGCAUCCACCACCACCACCACUACCACUGCCAGUGCCAGUCCCACCGCCAUCACCUUUCCCACUUCCCCAUGACAUCACGGUCGCCCAGAGCUACACCCAAUAUGGACCACCACCACCACCGCCACCUCCACUCCCGGUCGAUGCAGUCUACAUCGCACAGACGCCAUCCGCGAUACACGAGGCCCCGCUGCCAGGACACACCAGCUCUGUGACAUCCGUCAAUACGGGAUCUGCCUCGGGUAUUGCACCGCACCCCUAAUGCAGAACUCCAGCACCAGAAGUAGCCCAUUUUAUUCUUUAUGAAAAAUAAAUUA